UCUUCAUUUUCAGUUAUUUCUGGUGCCGAUUUUUUCUAUAUCUUGGGCUCGAAAGAAGGCUUGCUCGAAGAAGAAAGCGAAAUGCUAAAACUGAUGCUGGCUUGCGGCAAAGUCUACAUCUCCGAGAGCAGAAACAAGGCCGCACUGGAAUCAAUCGAAAGAGCUGUCAAGCUUAUCCCAGAGGCAGCCAUUAUCAACAAGUUCGAAGAUGAGAUUUACAACAGAGUCGGCUAUACUGUCGUCUCCAAAUUGGCUCCUCAACGGCAGCAUAUUGGUCCAUGUCCUUUAAAGAAUGCAGUUUUGGAAAUGGUGAGAUCUGCUUUGGACACCAUCGACCUUCAAUCGCACUCUGGAACUCAUCCUAGGCUUGGUGUUGUGGACCACAUUUGCUUUCACCCGCUGGCUGCCACUUCUUUGGACGAUGUCGCUGGAACUGCGAAAUCUUUGGCGGCUGAUGUUGGCUCUGGUCUUCAAGUUCCCACUUUUUUAUACGGAGCAGCACAUCGAGAAGGGAGGUCCCUUGAUUCAAUCAGAAGGGAGCUGGGAUAUUUUAGGCCUAACUCUAGUGGGAACCAAUGGGCUGGUGGGUCAAUCUCAGAUGCUUUGCUUCUAAAGCCAGAUGAAGGUCCCAACCAAGCAACCCAAUCAAAAGGUGUGAUUGUCAUUGGAGCGACCAGGUGGGUUGAUAACUAUAACAUUCCCGUCUUCUCCAACGACAUCAAUGUUGUUCGUAGAAUUGCCAAGCGAGUCAGUGGCAGAGGGGGCGGGCUCCCAUCAGUGCAGUCCAUGGCGCUUGCUCAUUCGGAAGGUAUCAUUGAAGUUGCUUGCAACUUGCUGGAACCAAGCAGGGUUAGUGGCAUUCAAGUUCAACUGGAAGUUGAAAGGCUUGCCAGAGAAGAGGGUGUGUCUGUGGGCAAAGGGUAUUUUACUGAUCUCCCACAGGAAAAGAUAAUUGAAAGUUACUUGAAAUUGUUUUAAGACAUAUAUAUUUUCCUCUUAAAUGUAUUGUUUUUUACCUUGGCCAGUGAUGCCCAACAAUAAAUUUAAGCAAACACUCUAAGAACUUGUGUGCAUCACAUGUUAGCUUCUCCAAUUGAUAUAUUUUUUGAGGACCAUAUGUCUAUGCUUUUCACUAUUGCAUACUCUGAAAUGAUCAGUAAUCUUGACUACUC